AUGACGGUGUGCCAUCAAGAAAAAAACGGCAGACGAGACUGGGCAUAUGACCGGAUAUUCGAUCCCUCCCAAGCUAUUGAUUCAGACACGGUAGAAUGCCGGUACAAAGAAUGGACAUAUCUAGCCUGUGACUGCGGCACCCCAUGUCCUGAUUGCGGCAACCUACCGCCCGAUUACAGCUGUAUCGUGAUCGCGAUAAAGGGAGUUUGUCGGUGUCAAGACAAUCAAAACGGCACUACCACCGUCAAGGCUGCUAUUGGAGUCUACCUUGCGCCGGAAUCAAAACACAACGAGACCCGCCUUUUGCAAGAUCUCGACAAUCCCCCAACGAGCCACAGAGCCGAGUUAGAAGCUGGAAUCCAAGCUCUCAUAACGAUCAUGAAUAUCAUCGUGGUGAAGGGUGUUGAGGGCGCAAAACUGCGCAUGGUCAUUAUCAAAUCUGAUUCGGCUUAUCUUCUGCAGGGCGUGACUCAUUGGGUGUUGCAGUGGAAAAGACAUGGGGUUUUGGAUAAGAGAGGUGAAGUGAUAGAAAAUGCUAUUCGGUUCAUGGUUCUGGAAGAGUUGCGGAGGGCGCUGGAAGAGGUUUUUCAUGUGUCGGUGUUGUUUUGGCAGUGGCAAAGGAACGGAAUAGGGAUGCUGACGAGCUGGCUAGAAAGGCUUUUGUUGAUUAAUAACGUUGGGCAAUAG